AUGGCUGAGGUAGACUUGUCAGAGAGCAAUGGUGGUGCUCUCGUAGCCACCGCCGUUACAUUCCUUAUUCUCUCUUGGUUCUCUGUCGUUCUCCGCGUCUAUGUUCGUGCUUUCAUGACCAAGGGUUUCCAAGCAGAUGACUGGCUCAUGCUUGUUGCGCAGGCAAUCUUUACCCUUUCUUGCGCUUUCAUUCUCGUGGGUGUGCGUGAUGGGCUGGGCCAUCACAACGUAGCCCUCCAGCAGAAGGAAGAGAUAUCGGCUUUAAUGUACCAAGCCAUCGCCACGGCAACAUAUGUCCUUAACAUGCUCUUCAUCAAGCUGAGCAUCGGGUUAUUUCUGUUGCGACUGUCGACUUCCAAGGUUUACAACUGGAUAAUCUACGUCAGUUUGGCGAUUAUUACUGUCUGGAGCACUGUUAUCUUCUUCUGGAAUAUAUUCCAAUGCUCUCCGGUAGAGGCGCAAUGGGACAACACAAUCGUGAACUCCCAGUGCGUGUCGCCAAACGCGGUUGUUGCAGCAGCCUACUCAAUCAGUGUCAUGACCAUCCUGAGCGACUGGCUCUACGCUCUGAUUCCUAUCCCUCUUAUCUGGAAUGUCAAGAUGUCGAAGCAGGCCAAGGCUACCGUGAUUGUGAUUCUUGGCCUGGGUAUCUUCGCUAGCAUCGCCACAUUGAUCAGACUCAAGUUCCUCGCUGACCUGAGCGACUUGAGUGACAUUUUAUUCAUGGGAACCGACGCCAUGGUGUGGACUCUUGUCGAACCGGGCGUCGCAAUCGUCGCAUCGAGUCUUGUUACCAUCCGACCUCUCCUCCGAGCCUGGCGACUCAAUGGAUUCACAUCCACCGACCGAACGCCGGGAAUGAGCAACAUGAGCGGGGGCAUGAGAUCAGGGCCCAUGAGAUCGGGAACAACAAGGUCGGUGCGCCGCCCGCCUGGGUACGACCUCGACGACAUCGAUAACAUGGAAAUGGGUGGCUUUGGGAAACACGACGGCGAGAUCGGCUCGAUGCCUCGGGAGCCCACGUUCGCGGCUGUAUCAAAAGAGACGGAUGGAGGACAGCUCACACCCGAUUUCAUGGCACCGCCGGACCGGAAAAGGGCGGACGUCGUCAAGAGCGAGAUGUACAUUAUAGAAGGGGCGAAUAAGUCUGGGAAUACCUGGAGAGGGGGGAGCGGUUCGCCGAGCGCAUCGUCAGUGGAACUCGACGGCCUUGACGCGCAGAGCCAGCAUAGCGGCCGGGUUGGUCUUGGGAGAAGUAACUAA